AGCUGGCGCUGCGAGAAAAGAGCACUUUGUCCAUGUGCGCCUGACAGCUACAGCAGCAGCAGCAGUAGCUGCAGCAGCCCCUCUCGCAGCGCAAAACACAACAACUUCCCGGGGCUCGGACAAAGUGCAGGCAGAAACGAUGCCGCUCUCCCCGCAGCCGCGGGCAGGUGCGGGCGGCCGCAGGACGAGCCGCUUCUCCACGGCCAGUGCUCUUUGCCUGUGCUUCCUCCUGGCUGCCCUGCAAGCCGAGGAGCUGCCGGAGCCCUCCCGGGACACGCUGCUGGUCGCCAACAACUUGGUGAGAGCGCCCUUCGGCAGAUCGGUCCACAUCGACCCAGUCAACGACCUGAUGAUCCAAGUGCUCCCGGGAGACAGGUGCCUGGUCACGGUGCUGGACAACGACCCCCUGUCCCAGAGACCCGGCGUGUUGUCGCCCAAGAAAUUCCCCUGUGACUUCGGGCCGGGGGACGUCACGUACACCCACCACGGCUCCAGGAGCCCGGCCGCGGACCGGGUGAGGCUGCAGCUCCGCUACGACACACAGACCGACACCAUCAUCGUGCCCUUCUCGCUGGAGAUACAGGUGGUCUUCCAGCAGCUGCAGGUGGUCAACCGCAACGUGCCUCUGGUGGUGGAGAGGCUGAACGGAGCCAGCAACCCCAUCGAUAGCAAGGUGCUGGGCUUUACCUACGACGGGGGCUCUGAGAGCUGCCAGCUCACCCCUCUGCUGGGCGAGGGGGGCUUGCCCCGCUAUGGACACCUCGUCAACUUCAGCAGCAGCAGCGGGCGGUCGGUGGACUGCGCCGCCUUCGUGCAAGCGGGCGUCCGCUACCAGCACACGGCGACCAUCAGCUCCCCCAACAGGGACUACAUCCCCAUGCUGGUGGAGCUACUGGGGCUGGGGGUCCGGGGCAAGCCGGCCAGGCAGGAGUAUUUUCAGCUGGUGGUGCGGAUCCGCCCGGGAGCCGAGAACACGCCGCCCAGACCCAGCUUCGUGGCCAUGAUGAUGAUGGAGGUGGAUCAGUUCGUGUUGACGGCCAUCACCAGCGAGAUGUUGGCGGCCGAGGACGUGGAGACCGAGGCCGACCAGCUGAUCUUCAACAUCACCUCGCCCCUGGGGCCGGCCGAAGGGCAGCUGAUCAGCACCGCCGACCAGAACCAGCCCAUCACAUCCUUCUACCAGGGGGACAUGUGGGAGCUGACCAUCGCCUACAAGCCCCCGGCGGCAGACUCGGACGAGGAGCGCAUCUUCCAGCUGGAGCUGCAGGCGGUGGACGCGGAAGGGGCCGCCUCGGAGCCGUUCGCCUUCAUGGUGGUGGUGAAGCCCAUGAACACGCUGGCGCCGGUAGCUAGUGGAGGCGGAGGGCAGCUGCUGCUGUUCGAGGGCCAGUCUCGGCCGCUGUCCACCCUGCACAUCAGCGACGAGGACGACGUGGAGAGGGUGAGGGUGAGUGUGGUGCACGGCCUGAGGCACGGCCGGCUGAGUGUGUUGGGAGCAGCCCGCAGCUGGUUCAGCCCCGCCGAGCUCCACGCCGGCCUGGUGGUCUACCAGCACGACGGCGGCGAGUCCCACAGCGACAACGUGGUCUUCCGCAUGGAGGACGGCCAGGGCCACCGCGUCCAGUUCCUCUACCCCAUCAGCAUCGCCCCGACCGACGACCAGGCGCCCGUGGUCAACGCCAACACCGGCCUGGCGCUGCCCGAGCAGAGCACCCGGCAGAUCUCGCCCUUCGUCCUCAGCGCCAGCGACAUCGACUCCGAGGACUCGGCCAUCCGCUUCGUGCUGGAGGCUCCCUACUCCCCGCUCGGGCUCCUGCUCCUCCGGCAGGGAGAGAGGCCCCAGGAGAUACAUACAGGCUGGAGAUACGUGCAGGAGCAGCGGGUGUACGAGAAGGUGGUGAGUCAGUGGACGCAGCGGGACAUCCUGGAGGGCAAGUUGUACUACAGGCACGUCGGGCCGCACAGCACCCACACGGUGAUGGACUCGCUGGCCUUCCGUGUGCAGGACGACAACGACCCACCCAACCUGUCCGGAGAGCACAGUCUGACGGUCAAAGUGGAGCCUGUAGACCACCUGCCCCCCGAGCUGUUCCCCGGCACCAGCCUGCAGAUGGUGGUCAGGGAGUACGAGCUGAGCCACCUCGGCAAGAAGUCCCUGCGCUACACAGACUUGGAUUCGGAUGACCGGCAACUGAGGUACACCAUCCUAUCGCCACCCACCGACAUAGACGACAACAACCCGGUCCGGACGGGGGACCUGGUGCUGACCGAUAACCCCGAGGCAACGGUCAGCCAGUUCACCCAGGCUCAGGUGAGUCACCACAAGGUGUCCUACCGGCCCCCGGACCAGGAGCUGGGCAUCACCGCCAGGAUGGUGCAGUUUACCUACUCGGUACGCGACCCCGCGGGCAACGCCGCCAGAGGCAUUUUCACCAUCUUCCUGCAGCCGGUGGACAACAAACCCCCGCAGAUCAGCAACACGGGCUUCACCGUGACCGAGGGCGGCGAUUUCGUAUUGACGGCCGGCGAGCUGGACGCCAGCGACGAGGACACGGACCGGGACAGAAUCACUUUCACCCUGACCCAGGCUCCCCAGCACGGCCGCCUCCAGUAUGUCGGGGUCACCAUCUCAGCAGGAGAGUCCUUCAACUUGGACGACAUCGCAAGCGGGCGGCUUGUGUACCGGCACAGCGGAGGCGAAACCACCGCCGAUUCCUUCAGGCUGGACGUUGCCGACGGGCUCCACCAAGUGCCGGUGGCCAUUAGGGUGACGGUGAGUCCCGUAGAUGACCAGGCGCCCACCAUCACCUUGCCCGAGGGUCAGCUUGGCUCCCACAUCGACGUCCUUGAAAACGGAGCGACUGAAAUCACCACCAGCGUCAUCCGAGGCACGGAUGAAGACACUGAUGACUUAAUGCUGACAUUCAUUGUGGAGAAUCCACCCAAACUGGGGGAAAUACUGGCCAACGGGCUGCCAGUGGAGAGAUUCACCCAGGAGGAUUUAAUGAAUGGAGCGGUGGUCUAUGCCCAUACCAGUGGCGAGGUUGGCACACAGAAGAAACACGAUUGGUUCAACUUGACUGUCUCUGACAUGUCAAAUGAAUGGGUGGUUGGCGGGAAUAAGGUGCAAGGAGUCAGGGUUCAAGUCACCAUCUUGCCCGUAGACAGCGUGGCACCUGAUGUGAAGGUUGGAGAGCAGUACACGGUUUUGGAGGGGGGGAAGAAUGCCAUCACAACGGGACAUUUAAACGCUGAAGAUAUAGAUACUCUAAAGGAUGACAUCCUGUGCAUAAUCAUUGUCCAGCCAACAUCGGGUUACGUUGAAAACAUUUCACCGGCUCCAGGGUCUGAGAAGUCGAGGAGCGGCAAGGCCAUUAGUGCUUUUACCAUGAAGGAUGUUGGAGAUGGCCACGUCCACUAUGUUCAAAGUAUUCACAAGGGGGUUGAACAGGUGGAGGACAGGUUCACCUUCCACUGUUCCGACGGCAUUAACUUCUCUCACCACCUCUUCUUCCCAAUUGUAAUUAUCCCAACCAACGACGAAACGCCAGAGAUUUUUGUCCGUGAGUUUGUGGUGAUGGAGGGGAUGAGCCUCGUUGUGGACAGCCCAAUAUUGAAUGCAGCCGAUGUCGACAUUCCCCCUGACCAACUUCAUUUUAUCCUAACUAAACCGCCAAAGCAUGGUCAGUUUGUGCAACAGUCGGCACAGGGUACUGUGCCCAUCAAAAGCUUUACCCUAGAGGACAUCUCCAUCGGUUCCACCAUUGUCUACGAACAUGAUGAUUCUGAAACCAAUGAAGACACCUUUGAUAUCAGAGUUACAGAUGGCAAAUAUACUGUGGACAAGACAGUCCCAAUUAUGAUAAUCCUGGUUGACGAUGAAACUCCACGAAUGUCCAUAAACGAUGGCCUGGAAGUAGAAAUAGGCGAGUCGAAGAUAAUAACCAACAAAAUCUUAAAAGCAACAGACUUGGAUUCUGAUGACAAAACGUUGACUUAUGUAAUUCGUCACAGCCCAAGGCAAGGCUUGUUGCAACAUUUGAUGAAAGAUGGCGAUGUGCUUCAGAACCUCACAGUCGGCAUGAAUUUCACCCAGGAUGAAAUCGAUAAAGGAUUGAUUCAGUAUGUGCAAGCUGGCCAAGCGGGCGUGCGCGAUCUCGUUAAGUUUGAUGUGACGGAUGGCAUCAACCCACUGAUUGAUCGCUAUUUUUACAUUAGCGUUGGCAGCAUCGAUGCGGUGUUCCCGGAAGUAAUUAACAAAGGUGUCACGCUGAAGGAAGGUGGGAAGGUGACGCUGACUACAGAUUUACUGAGCACCAGUGAUAUUAACAGCCCCGACGAAAACUUAAGGUUCAGUAUCACUCGUGCUCCGAGACGAGGGCAUCUGGAAAAGACUGAUAGUCCUGGCCUGCCUAUCACCUCCUUCACUCAACUGGAACUAGCAGGAAACAAAAUCUAUUAUAUCCAUACAUCGGAUGAUGAAGUUAAAAUGGACAGUUUUGAGUUUGAGGUUACCGAUGGUUACAAUCCAGUGUUUCGUACAUUUCGAGUUUCCAUAACAGAUGUCGACAAUAGGAAACCAGUACUCACGAUCCAUGACUUGGUCGUGAGCGAAGGGGAAGGGAAGCUGAUCACUCCCUUUGAGCUCACAGUAGAGGACCACGACACGCCAGACUAUUUUCUCAGUUUCAUUAUCACCCAGGUCCCUGUUCAUGGUCAGUUGCUGUUUAACAGAAGCCAACCAGUCACCAGCUUCACCAAGCAGGACCUCAAUGACAAUCUUAUUAGUUACAAACACGAUGGCACGGAGACAAAUGAAGACAGUUUCUCUUUCACAGUAACUGAUGGCACACAUACUGAAUACUACGUGUUCCCUGACCCUGUGUUUGAAACGCGCAAGCCUCAGACGAUGAAGAUCUGGAUCGCAGCUGUUGACAACGGUGUUCCACAAAUUAUUGUCAACAAAGGGGCUCCAACACUUCGACUAAUGCACACUGGUCACCUUGGAUUUAUGAUCACCAACAAGGCACUGAAGGCCGAGGAUCGUGACAGCCCACACAAGCUCCUGAAGUACAAGAUCUCUGAGGGACCAAAGCAUGGCUACAUUAUUAACACUGAUCUGGGAAACGACAGUAUUACCACAUUCAGUCAAGCGGACAUUGAUGACAUGAAGAUCUCUUACGUUUUGCGUGAAGGUGAAAAUGCAACAAAUGAUGCCUUCUAUUUCUCCAUUGAAGACGCUGGAGGGAACAGAUUGAAGAGUCAGCCAUUCCGGCUGAACUGGGCUUGGAUUUCCUUGGAGAGGGAUUAUUACCUUGUGGAUGAGGAUUCCCGUUUUCUGGAAGUAACUUUAAGGAGAAGGGGAUACUUGGGAGAAACAUCUUUUGUUGGUAUUGCCACCAGGGAUGGCACCGCCAAGAGAGAUAAAGAUUUCAGAGGAAAGUCCCAAAAACAGGUCCAGUUCAACCCAGGCCAAUCUACUGCAACUUGGAAAAUGAAGAUACUAGCUGAUCAUGAAUACGAGACUUCAGAAACAUUCCAGAUUGCAUUGUCUGACCCUGUCAUGGCUGCGCUGGAGUUCCCUGAAACAACCACUGUCGAGAUAGUUGACCCGAGUGAUGAGUCCAAAGUUUACAUUCCAGAGUCAGAGUACAGGAUUGAGGAAGAUACUGGUGAAGUGUUCGUACCUGUGAAGAGGUCUGGUGAUGCUAGCCAGGAACUCAUGGCCAUCUGCUACACACAGCAAGCAACUGCCACAGGAACCAUUCCAAGUACCAUCUUGUCGUAUUCUGACUAUAUCACCCGGCCAGAGGACCACACCAGUGUGAUUCGAUUUGACAAGGAAGAGACUGAAAAAUUCUGUCGCGUUGUCAUCAUUGACGAUUCACUUCAUGAAGACCAGGAGAGCUUCAACAUCACACUCAGCAUGCCCAUGGGUGGUCAGCUUGGCAAGCAGUAUCCCACGGCUCGUAUCGUCAUUCUUCCCGAUAUGGCGGACGAGCCUGCAUUCUAUUUCGGAGACCAGGAUUAUGAGGUGGAUGAAAGCGCUGGCUACGUGGAGGUGCGUGUCUGGCGAACAGGGACCGACUUGUCAAAGACUGCGACUGUCACUGUGCGGUCCCGCAAAGCAGAACCAACCACAGCUGAAGCUGGAGUUGAUUACGUUGGAAUCAGCCGGAAUUUGGACUUUGCCCCUGGUGUAACCAUGCAGACAUUCCGUGUCACCAUUCUGGAUGACCUUGGACAACCAGUCCUUGAGGGACCUGAGACUUUUGAACUUGUGCUUCGUAUGCCGAUGAAUGCUGUGCUUGGUGAGCCCAGCAAGACGUUGGUCACCAUUAACGAUUCCACAUCGGACUUGCCCAAGAUGCAGUUCAAGGAAUCUCAGUAUGUACAAAAGGAAAAGGUUGGGCAUGUUACAGCAGUGGUGUACCGUAGUGGUGAUAUCAGCUAUAAGUCCACAGUGCGUUGUUACACCCGCCAAGGAACGGCAGAGGUUAUGAGUGAUUAUGAAGAAAGACCAAACACAGACCACUCCAUUGUUACUUUCCUGUCCGGGGAGGCUGAGAAACCCUGCACCGUGGUUCUGGUAGACGAUACCGUUUAUGAAGAGGAGGAGGAGUUCCGGUUGGUACUUGGCACAGCACGCAGCGAGUCCUCGUUUGGAGCAUCGGUGGGUGAACAGAACGAAACGCUGAUCAAGAUCAAGGAUAGAGGAGACAAACCAAUUAUAAAGUUUUCUCAAUCAAAGUACAGCGUCCAGGAGCCUCAAGGGCCUGGGGAAUUAGCGAUUGUGACAAUUCCUGUGCUACGACUUGGUGAUGCAUCAAAGGUUUCCAUUGUACGAGUUCACACCAAAGAUGGAUCAGCGACUUCUGGUGAAGACUACAAUCCAUUAUCAGAAGAUCUUGAGUUUAAAGAAGGGGACACGGAACAUGUUGUACAGAUUGAAGUUGUGUAUGACGGAGAGCGGGAGAUGAGGGAAGCUUUUACUGUUCACUUGAAGCCGGAUGAGAACAUGGUGGCUGAAACACAGAUGAACAAAGCUAUAGUAUAUAUCGAAGAAAUGGACAGUGUGGCUGAUGUCACUUUCCCUGCUGUUCCUCAGGUUGUCUCGCUCCUGUUGUACGAUGACACCGAAAGAGCAAAAGAAAAUCCCAAUCCAGCUACUGGCUACCCUGUCAUCUGUGUUACGGCUUGCAAUCCAAAGUACUCGGAUUAUGACAAGACCGGAUCAAUUUGUUCAGCUGAGAAUAUCAACGACACCUUGACCCAAUACCGCUGGCUUGUCAGCGCCCCCAGUGGCCGUGAUGGCGUCACCAGCCCCCUGCAUGAAGUAGACUCCAACACCUUCUUCACCAGCACCAAGAUGAUCACCUUGGACUCCAUCUACUUCCGGGCAGGCUGCAGGGUGCAGUGUGCGGCACGUGCAUUCACUGCCAGUGGGGACGCAGGCCUGGAGCUGCUCAGUCCCAUCAUUACAAUCAGCAGGGAACACGGACUUUGCCAGCCUCGUGUGCCAGGAGCAGUUGGUGCUGAACCGUUCUCUGCAAAGCUGCGCUACACUGACUCAGAUGAUCCUGACCAGCCAAACCUUAUCAAGCUAACGGUAACCAUGCCUCAUAUAGAUGGCAUGCUCCCUGCCAUCUCAACCAGGCCCCUGUCCAACUUUGAGUUAACUCUGAGCCCGGAUGGCACGCGUGUUGGUAACCAUAAAUGUUCUAACCUAUUGGAUCAUCAUGAAUUAUCCACCCAUUAUGGCUUCAUAAACGAUGCAACAAAGAAUCCUGAAGUGAUUGGAGAAACAUCGCCAUAUCAGUACAGCACCGCACUGCGCUCCGCCAGUACUCUUCGAUUUUAUCGUAACCUCAACCUUGAAGCAUGCCUGUGGGAGUUCACAAGCUAUUAUGACAUGUCUGAGCUUCUAACUGAUUGUGGCGGGACUAUUGGAACUGAUGGGCAGGUCUUGAACCUGGUCCAGUCAUACGUUACACUGCGAAUCCCUCUCUUCGUCUCCUAUGUAUUCCACUCCCAUGCAGCAGUUGGUGGCUGGCAACAUUUCGACCUGCAGUCUGAACUGAAGCUCACUUUUGUGUAUGACACUGCCAUCCUAUGGAAGGACGGUAUCGGCAGCCCUCCGGAGGCAGAACUGCAAGGUGCCUUGUAUCCAACCAGCAUGAGGAUCAAUGAAGAGGGGAGGCUGGUGGUAAAUUUCAAGACCGAGGUGCGGUUCAGAGGGCAGUUUGUCAUGUCACACCCUGCUACUUCACUGGCAUCAAUGGUAAUGUCUGCUGAUCACCCCGGGCUCACCUUCACACUCAGCCUUGUUCGCAGUGAACCCACCUACAACCGGCCAACGCAGCAGUGGAGUUUCACUUCUGACUUUGCAGUGCGGGAUUAUUCGGGUACAUACACCGUGAAGCUUAUCACGUGCAGUUCAGCACCCAACCAGGAGUACAGUCUGCCCAUCGUCUGCAAUCCACGGGACCACAUUACAUUCGAUCUGGAUAUCCGAUUCCAGCAGGUGAGUGACCCAGUGGCUGCAGAGUUUAGCCUGAACACCCAAAUGGUCCUCCUGUCAAAGAGAGAGCUUUGGCUGUCUGAUGGCUCGAUGGGAUUUGGAGAAGGAACGGAUGUGGCAUUUUCAGAAGGGUCUGUCAUCUAUGGUCGUGUCAUGGUGGACCCAGUGCAGAAUCUGGGAGACUCUUUCAUCUGCAACAUUGAGAAGGUUUUCCUGUGCACUGGUGCAGAUGGUUACGUUCCCAAAUACAACCCAACAAACAACGAAUUUGGUUGUCUGGCCGACUCAUCAUCUUUGCUGUACAGGUUCAAGAUUCUGGAUAAAGCCCAGCCCGAGUCCCAAGCCCCAGUUUUUGGUAACGUUCUCUUUGACGCUAGGCUGGCUGUUGAUGUGCCAGAUGCAAUCCCACUCGUGAAGGAGCCAGGGUCCGAUGGUUUCAGCCUCGCUUCAGCUCCACUCUUCCAGGUGACUACAGGCCGCGAGUGGUACAUCCAUGUCAUUUACACAGUCCGUUCCAGGGGGAAUUCCCACAGGGGAAUUGGUAAGAGAAGCUUGGAAUUUCUGCACCAUUCACUGACCUCACCAGGAAACACCACUGACGAGCUGGGAUUUAGCCGCAACCGCAGAUCAGCACCAGAGGCGCCUGAUGCUGCCCAGGACAUUGGUGCGGAGAACCGCAGAGGCACCAACAUCCAGCACAUAGCACUAGACCGUACCAACAAAAUUAUCAUCAGCCAGAGGGACUACCUGCCCAGCAGCGAACAGCGCCCGAAGCCACGUCAGCUUGCUGUUGACAGGGAGUCUGAAGGUAGCAUCCUCCCUGUGGUAGGGGGAGCAGGGGGGCUGCUGCUCUUAGUCUGCAUGGCCACCGUAGUCACCCUACUACUCAAGCACAAGAGCUCCUCCACCGGUAGCAAGCAGCCGUCCAACAGGGGACGUGCUGGCAGCAACGAGACAGUAACAACGGGCCAAAGCUGCAACAGCGACAGCUCGGAGGUCUAACAGUGCCGGCCGCAAGCGAGCUGUCACAGCAACUGUGCCUUCCUUGUACAUGGACUGGUUUAAGAAGAGAGAAUUUCAGUGCCUUAUCCUUCAGUGCCUUGCCCCACCUUACGAAUACUUGGAGCAACGAUAGAAAAUAACUACAUUUUCUUGCUUACCAAUUUGAGCUUGAGGGUGUAAAACUGUAAAACUCUUGUUGAGGUAUGUGUGGAAAAUGCACAUGGCAAGGACUAAAUGGACAAGCUUUAAAACUGAACAUGUUAUUUAUGUUUGAAGAGUAGCAACCUCCUUAGAGUGUGUGGCACUGCAAGAUUGUACCCUCUGAUGCUGUAUAUACAUUGGUGUUGGUUGAAGCAAAUGGUGCCCACUAUUGUGUGAUGUGUGUGCCUAUUGUCAAUGAAUGGAUGCUUCUAAUUUCUGGCGUCAUCAGAUUAUGUCCUCUUCUGAAGGGAUUUUUUUAAAUGAUUUCAGUUUCCUUUUAGUUCUUAAUAUGGUUAUUAAAACACAACACACGUA